AUGUUUGCCGUUGUUACAUUUGACGAUGCCAGUACGUCCGAGGUACCGACUAAUUGGCUUAUUGAUGAAGAAGAUGGAUCAAGCUGUUGGUGGCCUCCUUCUAAUACUAAAAAUUUAUCAACUCUGAUAUCAAAACGUGUUGACCCGAUUAAAUCAACCUGGCAAAAAUUGAAUGUAAUCAUGGAAAGAACUUGUGACACACUUGAGAAAGCUCGAAAGGUGGCAGAGGAUUCUCAAUACACAAGUGUAGAUGAAGAAAAUCUAGGUAGAGGACGUCGUAAACGGUUUUCAAAGAAAUUAUACAUAUAUGAUACUGACGAGGAUUCUAGGUCAGAUCAAACAAUAUCUCAACAACGAUCGAAUAAAAAGAAAUUAGAGAAUAAAUUGCCCACAUUUCCGAAAGAUUUCCAAUUGAGUGCAGAUGAAUCGAGCGACAGUGCUAUUUCAAAAAUUAAUAUUCCAGUACCAAAGAAGAUUUCUCAACAAUUGAAUAAAAAGAAAUCAAAGAAUAAAGUGUCCAAUUUUCCGGAAGAUUUUCAAUUAACUGAAUCAAAUAACAAUGCUGUUUCAAAAGUUAAUAUUUCAAUACCAAACAUAAUAUAA